GCACACCACGUGCACCUGAAAUGACUUCAUUGUCAACAAACAUUAAUUUUCACUGUAGCUAGCUAGCUGUAUAAAUUGUCUGGGCCGUGUUUGAGCUUAAAGGCAAGAUGAGUGACAAGUCAAAGCGACCUCCCCUGGAGAAGCUGAGUGAGGAAAGCCUCAUGAGAGAGCCGGAGGAGGUAUUCGACCUUCUGGAGAAGAUUGGAGAAGGGGCGUAUGGAGCUGUGUUCAAGGCAGUGCAUAAAGAGUCUGGACAACUACUGGCCAUUAAACAAGUCCCCGUGGACUCUGACCUCCAGGACAUCAUCAAGGAGAUUAGUAUCAUGCAGCAGUGCGACAGUCAGUACGUUGUCAAGUACUAUGGCAGUUACUUCAAGAACACAGACUUGUGGAUAGUGAUGGAGUAUUGUGGGGCAGGCUCAGUGUCUGACAUCAUGAGAAUCGUCAAUAGACCUCUGAGAGAAGAGGAGAUUGCCACAGUGGUACAGUACGCACUCAAGGGGCUAGAGUACCUCCACUUCAAAAGGAAGAUCCACAGAGACAUCAAAGCUGGCAACAUUCUCCUCAACCUGGAGGGACAGGCCAAACUGGCUGACUUUGGUGUGGCCGGUCAACUGACAGACACGAUGGCAAAGCGUAACACAGUAAUAGGAACACCGUUCUGGAUGGCCCCUGAGGUAAUUCAGGAGGUGGGCUACGACUGUCUGGCUGAUAUAUGGUCUCUGGGGAUCACUGCGAUUGAGAUGGCCGAGGGGAAACCCCCCUACGCUGACGUUCAUCCCAUGAGAGCUAUAUUCAUGAUACCUACAAAACCACCUCCAACAUUGAAGGAUCCAGGCAAGUUCAGCAGCGAGUUCUCUGACUUUAUCAGUCGAUGCCUCAUCAAGAACCCAGAGGAGAGACAGUCGGCCACUGCUCUACUGCAACACAAGUACAUCAAGAGUGCCAAGAAUGUCUCCGUGCUCAAGGAACUCAUUACAACGGCCAGCAAGAUCCUAGAAGAUGAUGAUGGCAGUGGAUCUGAUGAUGAUGAUUUGGAGGAUGAUCAGUUCUUCACGGCCAUCAACACGCUGGUACUGCGAGGAGGUGGAGCCGGGGGAGGAGUGGACCUACCAGAGGAUGAUGACAUACAACCCAACGACUUGGAUACUGGCACUAUGGUCAUUGUGGACGAUAUGGACGAGGAGGACGAUGAGUCAGGAACAAUGAAACGUGUUGACACUGGUGUGGUGGACAAGGAGAGCAACGAGUAUCGUCCUGGGUUCAUGCAGCACUUUGACCAGAAGGAGGAGGCUAUAAAAAAGAAGGGAGGAGGACGUAGCAAAGGACCUCAAGGACCGCAUGACAUCUCAUUCUAUUUCCCAGAUAUACCUGAUGGAAUGGACUUCAGAGACUUUUUGAAAUCACUGGGUCCACAAACUCUAGAUGAGUAUCUCUCUGCCCUGGACAAGCACAUGAGUGACGAGCUCGAGUCGCUACGGAAACGCUACCACCAAAAGAGACUUCCUAUCUUACAAGCCAUGGACGCUAAGAAAAAGCACGCUAGAAGCUAGUCUCAUUUUAUACUUAACAAUCACAUUUCUUUACUGAGUUUAACAACACUGUGUUAAUUAUUGUACUUGUUAUUAUUUUGCACUUAUUAAUUUCGUAUACAAGA